AUGUUCCCACAGAUUUUCUCUGUUGCUCUCGCGGCCUCCUUGCUUUCUCCCGUGGUGCUAGCUACACUUCCAUUUGGGCAUUAUGGUGGCGAAGGCACGGUGCUCUUCCUCAACGGCUUUCACUUUGUCUCCGGUCAUAGCGACUGGGAGAUCUCGGCCAACCAUCACUGCGUCAUCUUGUCCGAAGACAUGCUCCAAUGUGCUGUCUACAACACGGCCACCACUCCGGCUCGCUUGGCCGGCAUUGAAUAUAUCAUCACCACGAAAGCAUUCGAAACCCUGGACUUCGAAGAACGACAACUCUGGCAUAGCCACGUAUAUGAGAUCACCAGCGGCUACCUGAUCGAGCCCAAUCUACCAGCUUCCGUCGAUCAUACGAUCAUGGGAGAUGUGUUGAUCGGGACCUACGGAAAAACCUUCCACACUUGGCGGUACGACCAACAGAACUCUUCGAUUCCUAUGGGUGUUCCUGAGUUAGUCAUGGGCUACACUGGGGACGAUCAGAUCACGCCAGACUUCGUCACGAAGCGUGAUGAGCUCUUUGGCGUCAACACGACUGAAAUCAGGGAGUCGCGAGCAGACAUCCAGGUGCCUCCGGUACUGGAGGGGGCAGACAGCUGGAAAUAUGGAUUUGUUCUUUCUUUGGGACUUGUCAACGAGACUACGUCUACGGAUUUCCCAUUGGUCAAGUAG